CGCGGGCGGCGGGCGCUGGCUGAGCUGCGGCGGUGCGAGAGCUGCAGUCAGGCCUGGCGGCGGCGCCGGACGAUCCCGCGGCGCUGGGGAACGGCGGCGGCCGCCCUGCAAACGGAGGCACUGCAAGCCUGUCCUCUGGUCCGUGUGAAGUGCAUAUGGUGGAACACAUAUAUUCUUCAAAUCGUCAGAAAAUUAAAAACAUUUCCAUUAGCAGUACUGUCUGGCUAUCACUAAGAAUUACAGGAUUUAGAAGCCUUCCCCUACAGUCUCUGAGGUAUAAAUGAGUAAGAGCUGCAAUCAAACCAUCCAGGGCAUCUUUCUCAGGGUGGAGUGUUAAUGUUUUGAUAUCAGAAUGAAGAGCAGGAUAACUGUCAUUCUUCUAGCUUGUGGCUCCUUUAACCCCAUCACAAAUAUGCAUAUGCGUUUAUUUGAGCUGGCUAGAGAUCACCUGCACCAAACAGGAAGGUAUCAGGUGAUUGAAGGCAUAAUGUCUCCAGUCAAUGAUGACUACAGAAAGAAAGGCUUGGUUUCAGCCAAGCACCGGGUAGCAAUGGCUAAACUUGCACUGGAGACAUCUGACUGGAUUCGAGUUGAUUCAUGGGAAAGUGAGCAGGAAACAUGGACAGAGACAGUGAAAGUAUUAAGGCACCAUUACAAUGAAUCACUCAGAUCGCUCCAGUCCGGGAAGGAAUUCAUGGCAAACAAGUGGCCCACACAAAGACCCCCAGAGGAUUCCCUUUCUUCCCAGCACACAGUUCUACCACAAUUAAAGCUGCUCUGUGGAGCUGAUAUUCUACAGACAUUUAAGACACCCAAUCUCUGGAAGGAAGAGCACAUCAAAGAAAUAGUAGAAGAGUUUGGUUUGGUGUGUAUUAGCCGUGCUGGCUCUGAUCCUGUUCAGUAUAUCAAUGAAUCAGACCUUUUAACUAAAUUUCAGCACAAUAUCUUUCUAGUGAAAGAAUGGAUUCAGAAUGAAGUCAGUGCAACACAGAUACGCAGUGCCUUGUGCAGAGGAUUAAGUGUAAAAUACCUCAUACCAGAUUCUGUAAUUUCCUACAUUACACACCAUAAUAUCUACACAGAAGAGAGUGAGCGGAAGAAUGAAGGUGACUUGCUUCAACCUCUGAAGUUGCAUAACACAACAGUAAACUCGCUGAAUGAUUGAAAACUGUAGUCUGUGAACUGGACAGAAGUGGCAUUUUUUCAUGUAAAAUUAUUAAAAAAGAUGUUUUGUUUUGUUGAUUAAAGAAGAUGCAAGUUUAUGUUUUAGCAGUUUGGACAAGAGAUAGAAAUAAAGUCUUGUUUCAUUCAAGUGCUUAAAAAUA